UCAUUCACAUCGACUUAUUUUCGAUAUCGAUACUUUUUGAACAUCGAUAUUCCUAUCGACAAUGAAUGUGUGGUACCAGCUACCGGCAUGUAAAGCACCAACUUACACAUGAAGAAGAACACAAGAGCAAAACUCCAAGUGGCCUUGAAACUCCAAAGAGACCGUAGUGCCUUGAGAAAGGAACCAGGGGAAGUACAAUCAUUCGAGGAAAAUGAGGUUGACAAGUGCUGGAGUGUAUUGCAUCCUUUUCACGGUGAUUUUGCAAAGAUGUGAUGGACUCAUUGAUCCGAUCACCGGAACCAUCGCCGUAGGUUUCGUUAGUGCUCUUUAUUACGGUUAUAACCGGCACAGCACCAGGUGCGAUCGUGAGGAGUGCUGUGAGUCAAGAUACAUCAAAGAGGAUAUCCCAUAUUUGUAUACUAUACUACGAAAAAAUCUGUUUGGUCAGCACAUAGUGCUCAAAACGGUCUUGGGUGCCUUAGCUGCUCACAGAGCACUCGUCGAUCCACCAAAACCCCUGACCAUGAGUUUCCAUGGGCUGGCAGGCACUGGGAAAAAUUAUGUUGCUCAAAUGAUCGCCGAAGCUUAUUUCCUGAACGGCCAGAAGAGCAAAUACUAUUAUUUCUUCAAUGGACGAGCUGAUUUUCCACUAGCUAGUCGAUUAGAAUCAUACCAGGAUGACUUGACGAAUAAAAUUUUUGAGGCUCUCAUCCGUUGUCCCGACUCCAUGUUCGUCUUCGACGAAGUCGACAUGAUAACUCCCGGUGUUUUAGACGCACUGGUACCCUUUCUAGAUUAUGGACACAGUUUGAGUUGGAGGGAGUAUCCAUACAUUCAGAAAAAUUCUGCUGUCUACAUUUUCCUAUCGAACACCGGGAGUCCGGAGAUUGUCAAGACACUGACAGAGCUGUGGAUGCAGGGAAAGAGCAGAAACGAAACGACCCUCAGUGAUUUUGAGAGUUUGAUACUGACUGGUGCCUUCAACGAGAAGGGAGGCUUCCAUAAGAGCGACACCAUCAGGACAAAUCUCAUCGAUCACUUUGUGCCAUUCCUCCCCCUGGAAGAGGAGCACGUGAUAAGUUGUGUGAAGGCUGCUUUUGCCAAAUUGAGUAUCAAUCCAACACCAGAGAUGAUUAAGGAGGCCAUGACUUACGUGUCAUACAGUCCACCUCAUAAUAUUUAUGCCAAGAGUGGUUGCAAGAGGGUGGAACAGAAAGUCAAGUCUAUUGUAUAUCAACGUCAGUUCAAUAAUUAAGUCUUGAGAUUAUGUGCAUUACUCAUAAUUUUUUUCGAGAGAGAGAAAACUGCAUUUGUGGUUGAGAAAUAAAAUAGUGUAUUUUUUAUAUGUACAUUAAAAUUUAUAUCUAUGUAUACAAUUCAUUGACUUAACGAUUUUCUUAUUGGCACAAUCGGAAAACAUGUGAUGUUUAAAAAUGAGGUCAUUCAAGCGAAUAACACUGGACAUUAGUUAACAAUCAGCGAUACAGAUAGACUUAGGCGAUUUCUUUCAUGAUUUUAUACUUUUAAAAUUUCUCUCGUUAUACAUAAAUAUCUCUUUUGUCACGUACGAUUAACAGAACCAAUAAUGUUGCUAAAAAGUUGGGCAGUGAAAAAAAAAAUUUCCACAAUAAAAUUAGAUAUUAAAAACGCCAUAAAAAUGAUAAAAAUAUUAAAAUAAUUGUGAUAAUGAUUAAAAUCCAGGGACUAGUUGAAUUAUCCUGUGUUUAUCCUCACAGAACAAUGCAUUCUCUCUGGAUCUCUUUGGAUUUGACACAUUAUGUAUGUUUUAUAAUUGAGGAUGUACAGGAAAAAUAAUUAGAUAGUAUCAAUAACCUAGUUAAAAAUAAGCUUAAAUCGUUCAUCAAUAAAUUGAUGGCAUAUUUUCAAAUGAUUUAGCCCAUUUUCAAUACGAAAUAUGAAGGUCUGAAGAAACUGCCUGCCAAGGAGCAAGUUGGUAUUAUACUUUCAUAUUUCAAACUAUUGUACAUGACUGUGACAUAAAAUAAAAAAAUCUAAAAAUAAAACCAUUACAAUGCGUCCAUUCGGAAGCCGUAUAAAAAAUCUCUAAAAUCAUGUCAACAAUCCUGAGACUAUGUCUCGAGGAUCACCUCUCAGGCAUUGCAUUCCAUCUAAAACAAUUUCAUUGCUAACAAAUUUUGCACCAAAAUAAAGCAUUUUAAAUUAGAA